AACGUACGAUAUUUAUUUUGUUUCAGUAGCAAAAUGUAUUUCCUACGUAAACUACCACAUUUCAGAUAUAUUGUGCCUUUUAUGAAUUUGAUCAUAUAUGUAUCAGGAGAUACAUCUGAUAAUAUAACCUACAUCGAAGAACACCCUGCGUGGAGUUGGAUUCCCAAUGAUGUUUGUGGAUUAGCCAAAGGACAAAUGAAAACUAGAAUCAUUGGAGGAGAAGAAGCCAAAAAUGGUGAAUUUCCAUGGAUGGUAAGAUUAGGAGAAACUUUUGAUGAAGACGGAGUAAAGUUUCGUUUGUACACGUGUGGUGGUGCUUUAAUUACGAAAUUCUACGUUUUGAGUGCUGCCCAUUGUGGAACUGAACUUGACAUAGUGAAAGUAGGAGACAAUUCUAUUGAAAUGGAAAAUUGUGAAGGAGAUGGAUGUGCACCUCAGCCUCAAAAUAUAUUGAUCGAAGAAUUUUUUCUAAAUGAUUAUAGAUACGAUAAUCAUCAAAAUGACAUAAUGCUGAUCCAACUGGAGACUCCUGUUGAAUUCAAUGACUACGUGAAACCAGUUUGUUUGCCUCGUGGUAAUCUUUUGGAAAAUAACCUCAUGGGAAAGUAUUUCACGGUAGCUGGAUGGGGAAGAACUACCAAUGGAAAUGAUGGAAAAGAUUCGUGUACUGGAGAUUCCGGAGGACCACUAACUAGAGCUUUCAAAAUUGAUGGAAAAAAACGAAGCUACACAUUCGGAAUAGUCUCCUACGGUCUGAAAGAUUGUGGAGAGGGUCCAGGAAUAUAUACCAGAGUUAUUUCAUUCCUGCCAUGGAUUUUAGAUAACAUUAAGAAAUAUUAGUUGUCUUUUGAAUGAUUCCAAAACAAAAACACUCCAAUAAAGUUUGAUUUUGAUUCUAAAAA